CAACUGUACAAAUUGUAGGCACUGCGCAAUUUAUACACUUACACACGACUCUCCGAUUCCGGCAAUAAAACAACCUCAUUGUACCAAAGUACAGAAACUUGAGAUCCCCACGAAUUUCAUUUUUAACAAGAUUAGCAUCUUCCGGAGGGUGGGUUGUAUCGAAAUCCGUCUCUCUUUGUUCCAAAUAUCUUGAAUUUGCUUAUAAUUCAUGUAUUUAUCGAAACAAAAUACAAACCAAGGAAUAUGAUUCAUGCUUUUAAUUUACAAAUAUAGGCAUCUUGAUUUUUAAUAGUAUUGGUUUUGAUUUUUUGCUUUCUUAGAUAUUGAAUUAUUAAGGGAUUCUGUUCAUAUGCGGCACCGAUUAUUCAAUUAUUUAGUUCAUGAAGGGUUUUCAAGGGAAAAACAGCGAUCCAAUUCGUAAUUCUGUUAAAAAAAACUGUAAUUAUUCUUUGAACGGAAUUCAGGGUUCUGUCUCAUCCGAGGCAGGACCAAGUGCCUGCAUUAGCAAGGAUAAAAAAUCUGUAGCCAUUUGGUCAGGAAUCUGGCUACCGGCUUUGUCAAUUUUUGGGACUUCUAAUAGUAAUAACAAUAGUGAGCAGAAAAGUAGCUGCAACACCAGUACCAGGAAAAAGUCUUUGAGUGGAAGAAACUAUUAUGAGGAUUGGAGAGCAGCUGUGAGGAGAGUGAUGAUGAAUGGUGGAUCAAUGAGGAGAAUAUUGGGGUUCAAUAAAUCCACGGGUUCCUUGUCCAACAGUGAUAUUUGGCUUUUGGGAAUUUGCUAUAAAAUUGCUCAACAAGGAGAUGACUUGAAUUCUUCCAGUUCUGAUCCGACUCAGAAAGAGGGAUUUACCGCGUUUGUUGAGGAUUACUCAUCUCUGAUUUUGAUCACAUACCGAAAAGGGUUUGAUCCCAUUAGAGAUUCAAAGUACACUAGUGAUGUUCAUUGGGGUUGCAUGCUUCGAAGCAGCCAGAUGCUUGUUGCUCAGGCUUUUCUUUUUCACAAAUUUGGAAGGUCUUGGAGGAAAUCCAUACACAAGCUACUUGAUCAAAGUUACAUUGAUGUAUUGCAACUUUUUGGAGAUUCUGAGGACUCACCUUUCUCCAUACACAAUCUUCUCCAAGCUGGAAAGGCAUAUGGCCUUGCUCCAGGAUCAUGGGUAGGUCCAUAUGCCAUGUGUCGCACCUGGGAAACUUUGGUGCGUAGUAAGAGGGAGGAGAAUAAAAAUGGAGGGCUGCCCUCAAUGAUGACUAUAUAUGUGGUUUCUGGUGAUGAAGAUGGGGAACACGGCGGAGCUCCUGUUCUUUGCUUUCAAGAUAUUUCUAGGCAUUGCUUCGAGUUUUCUAGAGGUGAAGUCGAUUGGACUCCUGUCCUUAUGUUGGUUCCAUUGGUUCUGGGACUGGACAAAGUCAACCCAAGGUAUCUUCCCCUGCUAGCUGCUACAUUCACUUUUCCACAGUGCCUUGGGAUAUUGGGCGGUAGACCUGGUGCUUCAACAUACAUAGUUGGAGUGCAAGAUGGAAAAGCAUUUUAUCUUGAUCCCCAUGAAGUUCAACAGGUUGUCGAUAUUAAGAGGGAUAGCAUAGAAGCUGACACUUCAUCCUAUCAUUGCAAUGCUGUACGUCACAUUCCUUUGGAUUUGAUUGACCCAUCAUUGGCAAUUGGGUUUUAUUGCAGAGAUAAAAGUGAUUUUGAUGAUUUCUGUGCUCGAGCAUUGGAGCUAUUCAAUCAAUCAAAUGGCGCUCCACUAUUUACAAUAGCCAAGACCUGCAGUUCUCCAAAUCCAGCUGCUCAUCACGAGACUUUGAGUGGUAAUGCUGCUCGAAAGUAUGAUUCUAUAGAUUUGCUGCCCACCGAUGAACCCGAAGAUGGCGCACAAGAUGACUGGCAACUAAUCUGACUCCGAUUUAUGCUCGGUACGAGGCUGAUGUUAGACACCAGAAUGUGCAUACGAUCUUUUCCUCUGUAAAUUAUCACGAUUUCCCAAAACUUGGUAACAUCCCAUUGAAUGGAGAUUGGUGCGCAGCCCAGUUUCUGUUACGCUUAGGCUCAAUCCAUUUCUUUUAUGUUAGAGACAUUAGAUCGUCUGUUGUAAGGUUAUGCAAUAGCUCAUUCUUUAAUGGGUAAAACCAUUUGUACACCAUGAGACCAUGGUGUACAGCUUUCUCACCCGUUGAGGAGCCCACAUGAAUUAAAAAAUUGUGGAUCCUCUUAUGUGAGGGGGUUGUAAAGCACCAUUGUUCUUUAAUUGAAGAUAUUCCUUAUUUGCUGUUUA